GCUCUUCCUUAAACGGUACAAGGAAAAAGAUAAGCAACAUAUUUUGGUUAUAAUAUUUAGUUAUAGUAUAUGCCACAAAGACAUUAUUCAUGCACACCAAAAUGUUAUCAGUUUUUAUAAAUAUGAUAUUUAUUAAUGUCACUUGCAGUCCUGAAAUCUAUCUCUAAAAUGAGUGUUGAUAAGGAGAGCUGUAAGGGGGAUGUUCAGUACCAGAGAGCACCAUGUCAGGAGCCCAGCUGUGUGUCUAUGAAGAGUGAGAACUCAAUGUAUCAAGCCCAUGAAUUCAGGAAUGAAGCAGUGACCUCUGACACCAGAAUGAGACAGACAGCAGCAUCUCCAGUAUCCAGCUGUGUGUCUAUGAAGAGUAAUGACUCCAUUGUUCAGCCUCCUAAUCUCAGUAAUGGAACAGUGACAUCUAACCCUGUUGAUGAACACAAUGAUCUGGUGAAAUCUGUGAAUCAUCUGACCUGCACUUCCUUAGUGGAGACCAACAUCAGGCACCAGAGAAUCAAAGACACUCACAAAACAUGCAUGAAGAACAAAUAUGAGAGCUUAUUUGAAGGAAUCAAAUUACAAAAGAAUCAAACUUUGCUAAACAGAAUCUACACACAGCUCUACAUCACAGAAGGAGAGAGUGAAGGAGUGAACGAAGAACAUGAGGUUGUACAGAUGGAGAAAAUACAGAGACCACAACAGUCACAAGACACUCCAAUCCACUGCAAUGACAUCUUUAAACCCUUACCUGAACCAGGAUGUGAGGAGAAAGAGCAAAUCAAGACUGUUCUUACUAAAGGCAUCGCUGGAAUUGGAAAAACCGUCUCUGUGCAGAAGUUCAUUCUGGAUUGGGCCGAGGGAAAAGCCAAUCAGGAUGUAGAUUUCAUGUUUGUGCUUCCAUUUCGAGAAUUGAACUUGAUUAAAGAUCACCAGUACAGUCUUCACAGACUUCUGCUGGACUUUCAUCCUGAACUUCAAGUUCUGGACUCUAAGAUUUAUGAUGAAUGUAAAGUUGUCUUCAUCUUUGAUGGUCUAGACGAAAACAGAAUUACACUGUUUUCACACAGACAGAACGUUUCUGAUAUUGCUGAAAUUUCACCAGUGGGUGUAUUGAUAACAAACCUCAUCAAAGGAGAUCUUCUUCCAUCCUCUCACAUCUGGAUCACCUCCAGAUCAGCAGCAGCCAAACUGAUCCCCUCCACAUACAUAAACCGUGUGACAGAAAUUCAGGGAUUCAGUGACCCUCAGAAGGAGGAAUAUUUCAGGAAGAGAAUCAGUGAUGAGCAUCAAGCCAGCAGAAUCAUCUCACAUAUCAGAAGGGCAAGAAGCCUCCACAUCAUGUGCCACAUUCCCGUCUUCUGCUGGAUCUCAGCCACUGUGCUUCAAAACAUCCUAAAACACAAUGACAGUGCAGAAAUCCCUAAAACUCUGACUGAAAUGUAUAUACAUUUCUUGCUCAUUCAAAUAAAUACAAAGAAUCAGAAAUAUGAAGAGGACAAUCUAGAGAAGCUCCUACAGUCAUAUAGAGAAAUGAUUGUGAAACUUGCUGAACUGGCUUUUAAACAGCUGAUGAAGGGCAAUGUGAUGUUCUAUGAGGAGGACCUGAUUGAGAGCGGCAUAGACGUCACUGACGCCACAGUGUAUUCUGGGAUUUGCACUGAGAUCUUUAAGGAGGAAUCUGUGAUUCAUCAGAGAAAAGUUUAUAGCUUCAUACAUCUGAGCUUUCAGGAGUUUCUUGCUGCUUACUUUGUGUUUCACUCAUAUAUCGCUAAGAACAUGCAAACAUUGAACACUUUUGAAUGGUUCGGGUUUAGGAAGAUCUCACUUUCUGAAAUAUUACUAUCAGCAGUUGACCAAACCCAGUGGAGUAAAGAUGGACACCUGGAUCUGUUCCUGCGGUUCCUACUGGGCAUCUCGCUGGAGUCCAAUCAGAGACUCCUACAGGGUUUUCUGAGAUACACAGAGAAAAGCUCAGAGAGCAUCAGGAACACCACUCAGUACAUUAAAAGCACAAUCAGAGCUAAUGAUGCUUUUUCAGCUGACAGAUCCAUCAAUCUGUUCCUCUGUCUGCUGGAAGUGAAUGAUCUGACUCUUUACAAAGAGAUUAAAGACUUCGUGAAAUCAACACUCAAAGACAAACACUCAAAGAAUAAACUCUCUGCUGCUCACUGUUCAGCAAUAGCUUACAUGCUUCAAAUGUCAGAGGAGGUGCUGGAUGAGCUUGACCUCAAGAAAUACAACACAACAGAGGAAGGUAUAAGAAGACUGAUACCAGCUGUGAACAACUGCAGAAAAGCUAUACUGGCAAUCUGUAAUCUCACUGAUCAAUCCUGCAAAGGCUUGGCCUCAGUGCUUCAAUCAUCAAACUCAUCACUGAGAGAGCUGGACCUGAGUAACAAUGACCUGCAGAAUUCAGGAGUGAAAUUUCUCUGUGCUGGACUGAAGAGUUCAAACUGUACACUGAAGACACUGAGAUUAUCUGGCUGUAUGGUGACAGAGGAAGGCUGUUGUUAUCUGGCUUCAGCUCUGAGGUCAAACCCCUCACACCUGAGAGAACUGGAUCUGAGCUACAAUCACCCAGGCGACUCUGGAGUGAAGCUGCUCUCUGAUCUAUUGGAGGAUCCACACUGUAAACUGGAGAAACUCAAUGUGGAUCAUGCUGGAGAGGUCAUGACUACAGCAGGACUACGCAAGUAUGCCUGUGAUCUCACACUGGAUCCAAACACAGUAAACAUCCAUCUCUGUCUGUCUGAGCAGAACAGAAAGGUUACACGUUUGGAGGAGUUGCAGUCAUAUCUUGAUCAUCCAGAGAGAUUUGAUUACUUUCCUCAGGUUGUGUGUAGAGAGAGUAUGUCGGGACGGUACUACUGGGAGGUCGAAUGGAGCGGGUGGAGGGGGGCUGUUAUAUCAGUGGCACAUAAAGGAAUGAACAGGAAAGGAGGAAGUGAUGAUUGUAGAUUUGGAUUCAAUGAAAAGUCCUGGAGCCUUGAUUGCUCUGAUGAGAUUUUCACUGUCUGGCACAAUAAAAAAAGCAGUGACAUACACAUCCCAUUCUCCUCUAAGAGAGUAGGAGUGUUUCUGGACUGGCAGGAUGGCACUCUGUCCUUCUAUAGCGUCUCUGACACACACACACUCACACACUUACACACAUUUUACUCCACAUUCACUGAACCCCUCUGUGCUGGAUUUAGGGUUUUUAUUGACUCUUCAGUGUCUUUGUGUCAGAUUCAACAGCCUCCACACAGUGCUAAUCUUGUCAGUGAAGUUUCAUUAAAGACAGAAAAUGAAAAUUAUGACAACAAUUAAACAGUUUUAAUUUUAUAU